AUGAAUCAAGGCGAUCUCAUUGGAAUCGAAUUGACUGCAUCGACGAUUGUCAAGUGUCAACUAGAUAAUUUAUAUCUACCAGGAAUCAUAGCUUUAAAUAUAACAUUUGACGACUGUCGUUUGCGAUAUGCUCAUUUUGAAGGAGCUUCAAUGGUUACAGCGAAAUUCAUCAAAUCAAAUCUGUUUUCCUCGACGUUUGCCAAUGUAAAUCUGACAGAAGCCCUUUUCGAUGGAAACAAUAUGCAAAGUGUUAACUUCUCAGGAGCAAUACUUGCUCGCGCAAAAAUCUAUAAUUCGAGACUGGAAAAAGUGGAUUUCGCGAAUGCAGAUCUACUCGGCAGCAAUCUGAAUGUUGAUCAAUAUAUUCAUUUGGUUCAUGACAAAUCAAAUAUAUCUCGAUUUCCAAACGGCUCGUUUAGUGUUAUUGACUCUUCUCAAUUGAUAAAAGAUGGCAGUGCCGAGCAUAUGGUGAGUGAACAAUUUUAUUGUUGA